AUGAAAACCCUUAAAUGCUAUUUAUCAAAAUUAACUGAUCCUUGGAUAAACCUUGCAUUCGAAGAGUGGUUAUUCCGAGAUACUGAUCCAAACAAAACAAUAUUAUACUUGUGGAGAAAUGAUCCUUGUGUAGUUAUUGGUAGAAAUCAGAAUCCAUGGAAAGAAUGCAAUGUUCAACUAUUAAAUAAUCAUAAAGUUCCACUUAUACGUCGAAAAAGUGGAGGAGGAACUGUUUUUCAUGAUCUCGGAAACACAAAUUACUCUUUAAUCACUCCAAGACAAGAUUUUUCAAGAAAAAAUGCUGCUGAAUUGGUAACGUUAGUUUUACAAUCAUCAUUUAAUGUGCCAGCUUAUGUUAGAUCUGCAUUCAAAUUGAUUACUGGUAGAUCAUAUCAUCAUGGAACUAUGCUAAUCAAUGCCGACAUUAACAAAAUAAGACGCUAUUUAAAAGUUGAAAAAGAAAAAUUAAUAACUAAAGGCGUUGAAUCUAUUCCAUCACCUGUCACAAAUCUUAUCAACUACUCUUCAUCGAUAAAUCAUCAAUUAUUUUGCGAUUCAAUGAUAAAAGUUUUCAUGAAUCAUUAUCAUAAUAAUUGUGAUAAAAAUUUUGAUUAUAAUAAUGUCGAUUUUCUUCAGCAUAUUGAUGAUAGAAUUAUUACUGAAAUUCCAAAGAUUAAUCAAUAUGUUGAUGAACUUAAGUCAUGGGAAUGGACUUUUGGUCAAACACCAGAAUUUACUCAUGAAUUCGAAACAGAAUUUAAAUGGGGCCAUGUGAAAGUAUUCAUUAAAUCUAAAAAUGGAUUAAUAAAAGAUGUUAUCUUCACAUCCACUAUGGAAAAAUAUUAUUAUUUGCUUGAUAUUUUCAAAGAGUCAUUAGAAGGAUGUAAAUAUGACGAGGAAGUAAUAGAUCAAGCUGUUGAUAAAAUUUUUAUGAACGUAGAAUUAUUUCUUGAUAUGGGAAUUUAUGAACCAUUGGAUGAAAUAAAUGAAUUGAUUACUAAUCUAAGCAUUUGGAUAAAAAAAUCUUUGUGA